GAAGGACAUCUCAGUGACCUACGACCUGUCCGUCGAAAGGCCACACUUCAAGGUUCAAGAUUCAAGAUCGGUAGUCAGGAUUCGAAGCAUCACCCAGCAGAGUUUACACUGCCAUAAGACGCAUCCAAGUCAGCUGAAAUUCUCCGGACGUAUCAGAGACUCAGACCACAGUCACCGAACGGUAACCAAAAAGAUCCCCGUCAGAGGCUACGGGCUACAACCUACCGCACAGCCCCCAAACUUGUAAAAGCCCCAUCACUUACGCCAUCACCAAAACCGACAAUGAACACCGGAACCGACCAACAAGCCGGACGGGGUUGUUACUACCUCCCUGCCUGCUACCGCCCAUGUCCCCAGACCGAGGCGGUCGUGGUCGCCCCCAGAUGGAUCCUGGCGGCUCGGUUUUCCGAUUAUGCCAGUUUCUUAUCUACGGGCUUCUUGUCGGCCUUCUGUCUUCUGUCCUCCAAGGGGGAUACUGGAUGGGGCACACCAUUUUCAACACUACCCGCGAGAUUGAAGUGGAAGAGUGGGAACGUCAGAAGCGACAGGCGGAACUUACCAACCAGGAAUUUGUCUACCGAAGGACCUACUGGACGAGCUUUUUACGGGCCAUAGCAAUUGGGGGCGAGCAUAACGAGGCUCGCCAUCGUCCUGCUGAGACCGCAGACUCCGGGGUCGAAAGGCAAGCCGAAGCGAAAGAACAACAUGAUGGCAAGGACUGAGUACUCAAUGAUGCCAAGAGUGCUGACUCCUGAGCAGUGAGUACAGCAUGAUGACUACGAAGAUGAAUUACCUGGAGUCACGUUCGACGCAGUCUCUGGCCGCCAGAAGUGCCAGAACUCUAGUCUCUUACUCAAAUAUUCUACAGGGGCCGGAUAGGGAGUCGGGUGGUUCAUGGGCCAUGGCUAGCGAAUAAUGUUGGGUGC